AUGGACAACGUCAGAAGCACCACCGCCCGCUUGAGGCGCACAUUUCAGUAUCCCAUCGAUGAAGAUUCGACGGAUUCACAGCCUGAAGCUCUAGACGAGCAGGAACAAGAAGACCUGAUCGAAAGCCUCGCCGCCGAAAACGCCGCCCGCGAUGCUCAGUUCCGCCGCCUACUCGUCGCCGUCCCCAUCGUUGCCACCAUCCCCUACAUCCCGUCCCUCCUACGACCGUCAACCACCCUCCUCUCACUGCUCAGCCUCACCUCUCUGCUCUCCACCGCCUACCUGCUUCACCAUCUCCCGCCAGCCUCCUCGGGCAUCACCUUCCUCGACGCCUGGGCGCGGCCCAAGACACCCCGUCCCACACGGGCACCCUCAGUCCACGACGAUGACGACUACGAUGAUGGUGAUGAGGUGGCCUAUGCGCCGCGUGGCAGGCCGCGCAGGAGGCGCACUUCGUUCAGCUUCGUCGCGAGAAGCUCCCCACUCCAGAUUUACCUGCCAUACCUGAACCUAGGGCUCGGCGUCAUGCUCGUUUUGAUGAGCUGGGUCGUUGGUCGCGCGGGGAACACGGCGGUGUGGACGGGCAUGGGAUACCUGCCGCUGUUUGUGUACUUGGUUGUGCUGGUCUCCAAGGUGGUCAUGAGCAGCGUGGAUCCUGAGAAGGAGUUAACGGCACUCAAGUAUGAAUUCAAGGGUGCCUAA